CUACAGGCUUCCGUAGGACAGGGGCGCUAACAACAACACACACCCAGAGCGAUGGACAAUAAUGACGAUCCAGAUCAGGACCCGACAUACGGCAGUAAGACUCUGCUUGUCCGUCACUUACCGGCUGAGCUCAGCGUGGAUGAGAAGGAGGACCUUUUGAAAUACUUUGGAGCCGAGUCGGUCCGGGUUCUGUCCACCCGGGGUCGUCUGAAACAUGCAGCGUUCGCAACAUUCAGAAGUGCAAAUUCAGCAGCAAAGGCUCUCAGCAGGCUCCAUCAGCUAGAAGUCCUAAAUCAGACACUUGUUGUUGAGUUUGCUAAAGGACAAGAUCACAUCACAGCAUUAAAAGACCCGCCGGUGUCAGACAGCAGUGCAGAUGUCAAACAAGCACAGAAGAAAGCGGAGCCCAAAAUACCAAAUAUUCCCCUCAUAGACAGUGGUGUUGCACCGAGUCUCGGGUUGAAGUUUCAAUUAAAUCCCACUUUGAAAUAUUUAUACCCGCCGCCCUCGAAUGGCAUCCUGACAAAUAUAACACACGCUCUCAUCAGCGUGCCAAAGUUUUAUGUGCAAGUGCUUCAUCUGAUGAACAAGAUGAAUCUGCCCUGUCCUUUCGGCCCCGUCACUGCCAGACCGCCCAUGCCGUCCCAGCUGCUGCCCCCGUUCGCCGCCGUCCCCAUGCCGCCCCCCUUCCCCCCCGACUACCCCCCCCUGCCGGAGGAGGAGAUGGAGCUGUCCAGCGGGGAAGAGUCCGAGUACGAGAGCGGAGACGACGAAGACAAGGAGAGGAUCGCUCGUCUGAUGGGCCUGGUCAACCAAGCGUGCAAGAGACCCCCGAGACCGAGAACCGCCUCGAAGAGGAAGAAGCCCAGGAUCAAGGAUCUGCUGUUCGCUCCCAAACCAGACUCUCAGAGCACCCCGGCGCUGCAGCCCUCCGACAUCUUCGAGCAGCCCAGCGCCGCCGGCCCGCGCAGGAUCGAGUUCAACAUCUCCGUUCCAGAGGCGGCGGCGGGGAGCGAGCCGGGCCGCCAUGACGGCGAAGGAGGAGGCGCAGUGGGCGAGGCGGAGGCGGCGUCCUCCUCCGCUGGAGGCGGCGGUGCGGCAGAGCCGGAGGGCUUCGGGAAGCUUUACCCCAGCGCCCAGGCGGCGCAGCAGCAGGAGGAGCUCAGCGGCGACGAGGACCUGCCGGCCGACGUGGUGUCCAGGAAGGAGCUGGAGAAAGGACGGCUGUCCAGAGACGAGAUUAAAAGGAUGUCCGUGUUCAAGAACUACGAGGCGGGAGAGCCGACCUGCCGGCUGUACGUGAAGAACAUCGCCAAGCAGGUGGAGGAGAAGGAUCUGAAGUACAUCUACGGCCGAUACAUCGACCCUUCGUCUGAAGCCGAGAGGAACAUGUUCGACAUCGUGCUAAUGAAGGAGGGGCGGAUGAAGGGCCAGGCCUUCGUGGGACUCCCCAGCGAGCGCAGCGCCGAGAAGGCCCUGCGGGAAACCAACGGCUACGUUCUGUACGACAAGCCCCUGGUGGUGCAAUUCGCCCGGUCUGCACGGCCGAAAGCAGACGGAGCAGAGACCAAGAGGGGGGCGAAGCCGCGAUGAGCCUGACGGAUGCCAGGGCUGGUAGUGUGACCCCGCUGAGGCCUGUGUGUGUGUAUCCUUGUUGUGGCAUAUCCUUUGGGGGGAUUGAAGUUUAAUUAAAGGAAAUAGGAUUUCUACAUGACCUUUUUUAAGGAUUUCUACUUUGUUUUGACUGAAUUUCAGAUGGCGGUCAGUGGAGAAUGUCUUCGUCUGUUCUUACUAAUAAAUCUUUUC